AACUAAUAACUAGUUAAGUUGUGUGUGUUUAAUUUAAAACGUUCAAACACUUGUGUUUUGUGUUUUAGUCCACUUCAAACUUUUGAAUAGUGAACAAGUGUCUGUUUUUUAUUUUUUAUAAAAAGUGUUUUUAACUAAAAAAUGGGUUUAUUAACUGAAGGUAGUCCUUUAUCGUGGGAAGAAACUAAAAAAUUAUCGGAACAUGUUCGAGAACAUGGUAUUAUACAGUUUAUCAACUUAUACAAACGUUUAUGGGAUCGACAAGGGGAUGUUUUAAAAUGGGGCGAUGAAGUUGAAUACAUGAUUGUGAAAUUUGAUGAUGCCAAUAAAAAGGCACGUGUUAGUUUACGAGCAGAACAAAUAUUGAAUGCGCUCAACGAAAAAGAAUUAAAAGAUCCAACUGGUGUUAAAUCACUGUGGCGACCAGAAUAUGGUGCGUACAUGAUUGAAGGUACCCCUGGAGCACCGUAUGGGGGUUUGCUAGCACAUUUUAAUAUUGUUGAAGCGAAUAUGAAGUUUCGACGGGAUGAAGCUGCUGAACUUUUACAAGCUGGUGAAGUUCUUAUGUCAUUAACCAGUUUUCCAAGAUUAGGAUGUCCAGAUUUUACAGUUCCGCCAACUACACCAACUCCCGAUCGUGGUGCAACCAGAUCUUUAUUUUUCCCCGAUGAAGUGAUAUAUCCAGGACAUCCACGUUUUAAAACAUUGUCCAGAAAUAUACGAGAAAGACGUGGUGAAAAAGUAGCCAUUAAUUUACCAAUUUUUCCGGAUGAAAAUACGAAAAUUCCAGUGGAUGAGAGUUAUAAGCACAGUGACGCUGCGAAACCAGAUCAUGUUUAUAUGGAUGCGAUGGGCUUUGGUAUGGGUUGUUGUUGUUUACAAUUAACGUUUCAAGCUUGUAAUAUCACAGAAGCAAGAACAUUGUACGAUCAAUUAACACCGUUGUGUCCGAUUAUGCUUGCGCUGACAGCGGCCUCGCCAGUGCACAGAGGCUUCUUAACAGAUGUCGACUGUCGUUGGAAUGUGAUAUCGAGUUCAGUGGAUUGUCGUACCGCAGAGGAGCGUGGUCUACAACCUUUAAAAAAUAAUAAAUUUGUUAUAAAUAAAUCAAGAUAUGAUUCUAUUGAUUCAUAUUUAUCCGUGUGCGGUGAACCUUACAACGAUGUACCUUUAAUUUACGACCCUAAGGUUUACCAACAGUUGCGGGACGCUGGUAUUGACCAUCUAUUAGCACAACAUGUAGCACAUCUGUUCAUACGUGACUCUGUGUCCAUAUUCAGUGAGAAGGUGCAUCAGAAUGAUGAACAGGAUACUGAUCAUUUUGAGAACAUUCAAUCAACAAAUUGGCAAACAAUGCGAUUUAAACCGCCUCCACCAAAUUCAACAAUCGGUUGGCGUGUAGAGUUUCGUCCAUGCGAGGUACAACUAACAGACUUUGAGAAUGCAGCGAUUGUAUGUUUCGUGGUGUUAUUGACACGUGUCAUUCUGUCAUAUCAAUUAAAUCUAUUGAUACCGAUCAGUAAAGUGGAUGAGAACAUGCAAAAUGCACAGAAACGUAAUGCAUGUCGAACUGGUAAGUUCUGGUUCCGUAAGAAUCUAUUGACAUGCGAUUCACCACCCGAGGCCAGCAAAUGUUGCCCGAAAUCUGGAUCCGAAUUAUAUGAACAGAUGACCAUCGAUCAAAUUAUCAAUGGAAUGGAUGGACAAUUUCCAGGUUUAAUACCAUUAAUAAAGAGUUAUUUAAGUGGUAUGGAUGUGGAUGCUGAUACACACUGUACAAUUCAACAAUAUUUAAAGUUUAUACAAAGACGUGCUAGUGGUCAAUUAAAUACGACCGCCACAUGGAUUAGAAACUUUGUUACAUCACAUCCAGAUUACAAGAAAGAUUCAAUUGUAUCAGAUUCGAUAAAUUAUGAUUUAUUAAAAACUGUACAUAAAUUACAACAAGGUGAAAUUGUAUGUCCUGAUCUAGUCGACGAAUUAGAAACAUCGAAAACGAAAGAAAAUGUACCGGAUGCCUAUAAAACUAGUGAAAACUGUAAUUGUUAACUAAACUAACUAAUUGUAAUUAAUAACUGUAAUUAAUAUAUAUAUAUAUAAUUAAUAUUAUUCAAAUUCAAUUAUAUUUCAAGGAGUGACAUUCUGUACCUAUGCUUUUAUUUUAAGAUGGCUGAAUUUUGGAUAUUUUGGUCAUUAUUGAAUUUAGAACAGGAUCAAGUAUAUUUUGCAUCUGAGAGCAGUUGCGUUCAAGUUGGUAAAAUACAAAACUAAAACUAAAGGUUUCAUCAACAAAAUUAACGAUUAUCGUACGAUUUUCAUCAAAUAUUUGAUUUAAAAACGAUUGGAAUUUAUAUUUUGGACAAUUUUAAACACUUUUUGUGUCUUGACAUUUGUCCCUUUACGUCACAGUUUUUGAGAUUAGCGUUAUAAAAAAAAAAUAAUUACAAUUUUUAAGGUUAAAUUUUUGUUAUUUGUUAAAUGCUUUAUUCCCUACAAUAGUUUCUGAAAAUGAAUUUCCGAUGUAUAUUUUUAUUACAAUCUGAACCAAGUAUUCAUGUUUUUGUUUCUUCGCAUAAAUUUCCAAACAUAAAUAUAUUCUUUAACGUUGUUUUUUUAUACGUUUUUACUGAUUCACACUGUAUGUACAGGUGGUGUAAAAAGACGAACGCAUUUAAAAAAAUUUGAAUGAAUCUUUUUACAGUUAAUUAAUUUUAGUAUUGUAAAACUUUGAUCACAAGUGAAAUUUAUAAAAUUAAUUUAAAAAUCCCGAUGAUUUUUUCGGGUACGGAAUAAUAAACUCCUAUUUGAAACGUAUCUGAGAACACUAUCCAUUAAAUUACCUUCUUUCUUAAGAGCCUUCUUUUAACUAAGCCGAUUUUGAUGAUUAUGACCUAUUUUUUAGUUGUUCCGAGUACGAUACCCUAAAAUUGUACUAAAAAGGUAGCUAAAAAAACAUAGCUAAAUACAUUCUCUAUUAAAUUAUCUUUUAAACCAAACAAAACAAAUCAAAAUUAGUUAAUCCAUGUAGGUGUUACAAUGCCACAGACAGACAGACAGACAGACACACAUAUACAGCGAACAACUUACAUCACCCCUUUUUUGGUUCGGGAGUUAAAAGUAGAAAUAAAGUAAUUGAGUAUGAAACUUGUAUGGAAGUUUUAGCAACUAAAAUUCAAAUAUUAAAUUGAAUUAACUGUGUAGAGAUAGACUUUUAAAUGUGUACGUUACUUUUGCAAUACCUUGUACAAUUUUAAUAUUGAUUUAAAAAAAAAAUGUACUUUAAAA